AUGAAUCUCCUUAUACGUACAUAUAAACAGGCUCUCUAUAAGGAAAGCAAACACUUUACUACGAAAGCGAACGCUCACAACUUACAGACCAUAUUGUACGAAAAUAACAAGCUUUUUGGCGAGCUGUACAAGUAUGAACACUUUCGUGAUGCAUUCGCAACAAUACCAAUAUCCUCAGAGUAUGUCUCUUUUAUCUCCUUUUGGAAGGGUACGAUAAAUUUUAGCGAUAUAAUUCAUUCUUAUGUAGGUGUGGAGGAUGCUACAUCGAACAAGUUGGAUAUAAUGUCGGAAGCAAUGGUCUCAGAACUCAAAAAGUUCACAGUUUCCAAUGACGACUAUCUGAACAGUAUGAGGUUUUUCAGGGAUGAGAUACUCAAAAAAGGUAAUUCAAUGACUAGAACUGAACUUUUUGAGGCAAUUUUUUUAUCUCAGGAGCAAAGUGACUUGUUAGAGUUUUGGGCUAGAGUUUUAGAAAAUGCAAAAAUGAUUUUUAAAGAGGAGACUGUUUUUAUUGAUGAUAUAUCUGAUAUGGUCUUUGGUUUCCUCUAUAAGAGAUACUCUGAUGAUUUAGUUGAUACACUCGAUUUGGAGAGAGUUUCUACAUGUACAUCAUCAGGAGAUGUAGAACAUACUAGUACGAACAAAUCACCGGCUCUCCGAGAAAUAGUGGACAACAUAGCAGACAUAGAUAAUGACACAGAUGUAGAUUACGAAAAUGAUUAUCACACCUCGUUAAUUUAUGAGUACAAGUAUCGCAAAUUGUUGCAAGAAUUAGAGGUUACACUUCCAAAAAUUUAUACAGAUUACUCCACAACAAAAGCAGAACUGGACAAGUGCAAACUUGAGAUUGAGGCUAUUUUGGAGAAUAACGACCGACUAGUAGAUGAGUUCUCAAAAGAGAGGUCAGCUCUACUGGAAAAAAUUACUUCCGGCCAACAGGACUGUAAAACACUAGUUGAUAAGAAUGAUGAUUUAGUCGGAGAGAUAAAAUCAAAAGAAUUGGAAAUAGAAACAUACAAAAGAGAUUUUGAAUUGUUGAAAGGUCAGUACGACUCUUUGGAUCCAUCCAGAUUAUCUGAGGAAUUAAAAGUCUAUAUGGUUAAGUGUGAUGGCUUACAAAAGUCAAACGAUAACCUAAAAUCUAUUAUAGACGAUUUAGAGAACCGAUUAUCUUUGACAGUACCUGCUGUAUCCCUAGAGCAAGACAAGGAACAGAUACGCGAACUAAUUCUACAAAAGGACAAACUUCUGGAGCAACUCAAUAUCCAAAACGCUGAAAUAUCAUCCUUAUCAAACGAAGUCAAUGAUCUUACCAUUUUCAACGAAACAUUGGCUACCGAAAUGACAGAGAUGAAAAAGCGGUCAGAUGCUGAACACGAAAGAAUCGCAGAGCUUGUAGAGAAAAAUUCCAAACUUGUUCAAGAUAUAAGUGAUUUACAUAGCGAGAACAAUAACCUAAAGUUAGAAUUAUCACAUGUUCAGGAAGAAAACAAAAAUUUGGGUAUAGAAUUGAAGGAGGAAAUAAAUGCCAAGAAUGUUGUUAAUAAUGAACUAGUCCUUUUGAAAGAAAAGGAAAAGGACUUUUGUAUUGACAGCGAUCAGAUAGAAAGAUUAAAGAACGAAACAACAGAGUUAAAUGCGGUGAAUGCCCAUCUCAAAGAGAAGCUAAAUGAGGUCCUCCAAGAAAAUAUUAAACUUGUGGCAAAAUUAGAACUGAUGAAUAUGCCACAUUCUCAAAACCCCGCACACAAGAUUAUGAGUAUAAUAGGAAAUCAGAAAGAUAUGGAGUCCACCCUUUCUCGUGAUUCUGAUACUACUGACUGUGAGUAUUCAGAUGCAACUGAUAUUCCAAAAAACACGGUUAAGAUAAAUCCAGCGCUAGCAGAAACAAGAAGGCUGAACACAGUAAAUGCUGUUAAGUUUGGUCAGAUUUCAAUCGAUUCAAAGGUGGAUACUGUACACAAGGAUUCCGAAAGAAUAGUGCAUAGAAGAUCCGCUCAACUUCGGAGAUCAAAUUCCAUUGACCAAGUUUCUGCUGAGAUGGAUUAUGAACACGACUUUACAUCUGAUAAUCUUGAGGAUUUUGGGCUUUCGGAAGAUGAUUCUCCGGAUAUUUUUCAAAACGCGAUUUCUUACAUUUCACAAACCUUCAACAUAGAUGAUAAUUCGCACCAUAAAAACACAUUAUUUGUAUAAUCAACAUGAAUUGUUUAACGUUCU